AUGAGAGUUGCCGGGAGUGGCCAGUGGAGAGUUAUGGAAAAAUGGAAAGAUGUUCCUAUCCCUACAAACAAAGAGGUGAUUGGGAAGAGGAACACCCUGAAUUAUUGGGAAGUGCAAGGAGACUAUGCUAGGAGGACAAGAUGGAUAAUGCAUGAGUUUCGUCUUGCGUUAAUUACUAACCCAUCCAAGAUGGCAGAUUGGGCUGCGUACCGCAUCUUUCAAAUUAAGGAUGCAAAUAAUGUGAAGAAUGCAAAGAAUAGCAAAAUAGGGUAUAUUGGGGAAAGCGGUGAUAAUGGGAGUGUUGAAGUCUUUGAUUUCAGUGCUGAGAGUGGAAGUUUCUCAAGCCCUCCCAAAUGA